AUGACAUAUGAAUUUGACAGCCAAAGGUCUCCCAAACAAAGUUCAAUCUUCAAAGUAUCCAAGUUAUUUGACACUUAUCUUGCAGAAGUCGCACUAGACACAAACUUGUUGCCAUCAAAAUUCAUAGCAGUUGCAGAAUCUCUUCCGGACCAUGCUCGUGUCGUUAGUGACGGAUUAUACGAAGCUGUCGAUAUCUUCCUCAAAGUUCAUCCAAACAUAAAGGAUUCCGAACGCUAUAGACUAUGCAAAACCAUAGACUGUCAGAAACUAUCUCAAGAAGCCUGCAGCCAUGCGGCGCAGAACGAAAGGUUACCGGUGCAAAUGGCUGUCCAGGUGUUGUAUUUCGAACAAAUCAGGCUUCGGAACGCAAUGAGUGGAGGCCACAAUCAGUUCUUCUUCGGGGCGACCAAUGGUCAGUUCCCUCAACGUUCGAGUAGCGGUGUAGGGAGCGGAGCCAUCUCACCGAGGGACAACUAUGCAUCGGUGAGACGAGAGAAUCGAGAGCUGAAACUCGAAGUCACGAGAAUGAGAAUGCGGCUAACCGACCUGGAAAAAGAUCAUGUGUCAAUGAAACAAGAGUGUGUUAGACAGCAUCCCGCUAACAAGCUACUCAAAUCACUCACCAAGAAGCUAAGAAAGCUUCAUUCCUUGUUCAGGAUCAACAAUUUGAAGCCUGUUGGGGGUAAAGCGAAUUCAGAGUCUCGAUUCUCAUCCCGUGGGCGACGGCGUUACUCAGAAUCAUGACUAUUGUAAAAUGUCAGAAUAACUGAAAGAGUAUACAGAAAUUAUAUGUAGUGUGAGAUUGGAGUGAUGAAUUUUGGGGUUGAUUUGUUCAGUGAAAUCAUUGCCAUG